AUGGCUCCUCCUUUCACCGAGGCUCGUAUCGAGGACAGUCUCAAACGCAUACGUGUCCUCUUCGCGGGAGUCUACAUCAUCGACACCCGCAAGGCCAAACUUGUCUGGGAAAGCCGAUACUACCCAACGUACUUCUUUCCCCACAGCGAUCUGUCUCUAGACUACGUCGAACUCACGAAAGAGCAUCCUGAUGGCGAUAAAUACGAUCUCAAGGUCAACGGCAAAACCGCAAAGGAGGUGGUAACGGUUUACUCGCAGCCAACUCAUGAGCACUUGCAAGGGCUCCUCAAGAUCACGUUUGCGUACGGCCGAAUUUUUUCUUCUGUUCCAAAGAUAACGAACCGACACAACAUCAGCGCUGCAGAUGCUUGGUUUGAAGAGGAUGAGCAGAUUUUCGUGCAUCCAAAGGAUCCCUAUAAGCGCGUCGAUGUGCUCAGUUCCUCGCGGCAUAUCCGUGUUGAGGUAGACGGAGUCGAGGUCGCCAAUUCCCGCACCCCCAAACUGCUUUUCGAAACUGGCCUCCCCGUACGAACCUAUGUCCCCAAAACGGACUGCAGAAUGGACCUACUCGUGCCCUCAGAAGCCAAGACAGAAUGCCCCUACAAAGGCGAAGCACAUUAUUACCACAUUCAGCUUUCGCCCGACAAAAAAUUCGAGAACGUGGUCUGGUGGUACCGCAACCCAAAUCUUGAGUGUGCGACAAUUGGCGGUUUGGUGGCCUUUUACGACGAGAAAGUCGAUGUGUUUGUGGACGGUAUCAAACAGGAACGACCCAAGAGUCUCUGGUCGUGA